AUGAAGUGCAGUGCGUGCGGAAAGUUUAUGGCGGCGGUAGAGGGCGUUACGUGUCCUAAAUGCGAUAGAAAAUCACACAGGGCCUGCGUCAAAGUUCCUGAAGGUGUGCAGGUCCAACCUACUUGGUUGUGUCCGGACUGUAAAAUACGGACGCCCCGAAAGUCAGAUCAGAAUACGCCUGUGCGAGGACUUAAUUCCGAGAAUAUUAUCCAGCAAGGCGAAGAGAAACCCCAAAGCCCUGUGGCGCAAGGUUUCAAAGAGUCGGAACUAGCUCUUGAACUACGUAAAUUUAGAGAAGAACUGCGAGAAACCAGGGAAGAAUUUAGAUCUUUCCGACAGGAGAUGUUUGAUUUGCGUAAUUCCAAAAAAUCGUGUGAAGAACGCCUAGAUACAUUAGAAAACAAAUACAUCCGUCUUGAAGAACAACAAACCCUAAUUGAGUCCAAAAAUGUCUGCGGCAAAAUUCAGAAUCUCGAAACGAUUAUUGCGGACUUAAGAGCAGAUAUUGAAGAUAGACCAUACUUCAACAUGACACCUCCACAAAAGGGAAAGGCACCGACAAGAGGUGCCAAGCAAAUAUUGUCGGAAAAUGGAGCCACUGUGAUUUUCUACCGAAACAUGUCACUGGGUGCUAGCGGACUAUACAAUGUCAUUACUUUUAUUUUCUUCUAUCAUAGUAUGUCAUAUCUUAUGAUGACUAUGAAUAUAGUUGCCACAAUAAUCUACAUCAUAUGCUAUCAGUUGAUGAGAUUUAUUAGCCGACCCCGAUACUCUGAGGAUGGCCAUCAUUUAGUCGACCCCGGCCUUGAUCUUAAUAUGGAAGGAGGAAUGGGAGAGCAUGUAAAGGAUGUCGUGAUACUUACGUCGCUCACACACCUCUUAGCUCUUAUAUCGAACAUUUUCUGGCUCCUACUUCUUCUAAUCCCGUUUAGAGCUUUCUGGCUAAUUUGGAUCAACAUCCUUUCCCCCUGGAUCUUCCAAGAGGUCCCCGAGGACACUGAACAAGACGAAAAGAAACGAAAGAAAAUGGAAAGGAAGAUGAAAAGAUAUCAACAAUAA